AUGCAACAAACUAAUAAAUAUACACCUUCAACUCUAGCUAUAGAGUACUAUCAAAGACUUUCUAACAUAAGCUCUAUUGACCUUACUAAUAAUGAUAUUAGCGACCUUGAGUUCAAUAAUACACCCACAAUGCAAAUAGAAAAUAUGAAGUAUGAUGAAACUAACAAGCUUACAUCUAUAGAUUCACUGAUAAUUAUCUCAGAGGAUAUUCUUGAAAGCACAUAUUUUAAUACAUGGAAAGAAGUAACUCGGAUUAAAUCUAUAAAAGAACCUUUGUCUGUAAAUUUAGUGGAAAAUACAAAUCUAAAAAAACACUUAAAGUAG